GUUGGCCGCAUCCGGUUUGAAUGACGACGCUGCGGAUACAAAAAAAAGAGAAAGGGAAAAUAGGAAUAGCUAGCUAAGAACAGCGAAAAAACUAUUUAUAUUUUACUCAUGUUUAUACAUUUUGCGAAUGCUCGAUCAGUAUUUUUGACUACCUAUGUCAAGUAACUUAUGUUAGCUAGCCAACGGAGAGAGAUGAUAGAUAUUUAAGAAUAUUUAGCUGUUUAUUUAGCAUUAGCUUAGCUAUUAUUGGCUAGCUACAGGCUUAGUUAGCUAACGUUAGCUACCAAGGAAAUUGUUUGACAACACAUUGUCUGGGUGACUAGCUAUUUCACUCUAUUUGUUUUUAUCUUUGACUUUUUCUUGAUCUUGGUGAUAAUGGCAACAUCGGCCCUGUACGCGUGUACGAAGUGUAACCAGCGGUAUCCUUUCGAAGAACUGUCGCAGGGACAGCAACUGUGCAAGGAGUGUCGCAUCGCUCAUCCCAUUGUCAAGUGUACAUACUGCAGAUCAGAGUUUCAGCAGGAGAGCAAAACAAACACAAUUUGCAAGAAAUGUGCCCAGAAUGUAAAGCAGUUUGGGACGCCUAAACCCUGCCAGUAUUGUAACAUCAUUGCUGCUUUCAUUGGAACAAAGUGUCAGCGUUGCACUAACUCAGAGAAGAAGUAUGGCCCUCCACAGACCUGUGAGCAGUGCAAACAACAGUGUGCAUUUGACCGCAAGGAAGAGGGUAGGAGGAAGGUGGAUGGGAAGCUGCUGUGCUGGCUAUGCACUCUGUCCUACCGCCGUGUGCUGCAGAAGACCAAGGAGCAAAGGAAAGGCUUCAGCUCCUCCCACUCCAACUCCUCGCUCAAUGAGAAGGACCACCACUCCAGGCAGCAGCAUCAUCAACACCACCAGCAGCACAGACACAGCAGCUCACAUAAACUCAGUGGGAGCCUAAGUCCAGAGCAGGAGCAGGGACUGUGGAAGCAGAGCCAUAAAUCGUCUUCGAUCCAGAAGGAGACCCCAAAGAAGAAGCCAAAACUGGAUGUGAAGCCAUCCAACGGGGACAGGUACGAGAGGAGUUUCAAUCACAUUAGUUCCAUUACCCAAUCUAUGGAUUCUGGAGGAACGGACAACUUUAUUCUGAUCAGCCAGCUGAAAGAGGAAGUGAUGUCAUUAAAGAGAAUGCUUCAACAGAGGGAUCAGACAAUACUGGAGAAGGACCGAAAGCUCACAGAACUCAAGGCAGACUUCCAGUACCAGGAAUCUAACAUGAGGGUUAAGAUGAACAACAUGGAGAAGGUGCACAAAGAGGCCAUGGAACAGCAACAGGCCAAAAACCGGGAGCUGCUGAAACAAGUGGCCGCCCUCUCAAAGGGCAAGAAGUUUGACAGGACAGGGAGUUCACUGCUGUUACCGUAACGACAAGCCCACCCAACCACGGCUCAGUGGCUUCAUUGUUUUAACACUGUGAAAGCCUGAUGCCAUUUUACCUUUCCCUCCCUCCUUCCUGUGUUUUCUCAAUCAUUUGGAUCUUUUCAGUUAUGUUAUUCGUUGGAAAACAGGUGACCAUGCUAUACAUGGAAAUCCUCUUUCAUGUUGGUAUGAAAAUAAGGACGCAUCCUCAAUUUCAACAUGUUUUAAAUGUUCUAACCCUGAGUUUUACUCUGCCACUGGAUGUGAUGUGACUGUGGAAGAGGAGAGAGCCUCGUUAACACUGCCCGGGCCCAGCAGCAUGUUUUGCGCAAGGUGGAUACGAUUCUGUCAACAUCACAGAUCCCACUUGAUUUUUUACGGAUGUCAUGCAAUCUUAUUUAUUCAAUUCCAUUUUGUAGCUUUUGGUCUUUUUCUCACCACAUACUCAGAGCAUUGCCCAGGUUUGGGAAAUGUUUUUUCUUCAACAGCAACUUUCUCGUAACAUAUUAAUUAUAUUUUUCUAAAUGGACUAAUUAUGGAAGAGAAACUCCUCCUUAUUGGAGACCCUUCUCAACUUACUAUGUAUGCAAAUGUCAAAAGGGUCACUGACAACAGCAUUGCUGGCCAGUAGCAGAGACCUCUAGACGUUAAAGUCCAAAAACCAUCAACUCUAUGAGAGAUUUUUAAAACUUUGUUUUGUAGAGACACUUCCCGGCUGCCCUCUUUCUCACUGUGACAGCUGUAGUGCUUUGCUGUUUUUCUGUAGUGGAACGAUUUGUAAUACUGCAUGACUUACUGACAUACAAGUUAGCAUUGUGGUCUCCUGUACUAUAAUAUAGGGUUUCUCAAAUUGUGUUUUACGGGCCCCUGGGGAGGUAAUGCAGGAGGUCUGCGGCCAGAUCUCAAAAUAACUUUUAUUUUUUUUUAUUUUUUAAAGAAAAUCAUGAAUAUUACUAACAGAUUAAUUAUUAAAUUAGGUGUGUUGAAGGGAUCCGUGGAUUAAGUUUAGAGGGUAUAAUUCAAUGUAAUAUUAUUCAUCUACGUUUGUUCUUAACUUUGGGCAGAAUGGCCCUAGGAGGCAGGUAUAUUGGUAUCCACAGUACUCCACCAGUUAUCUAUUUUUCAACUCAUUACUUCUCCCCCCUCUCACCCAAGAAAAUGCAGAACAUGAAUGCACUGUAAUUAAAGUUCUCUCUGCCUCGUAGAAAAAUGUGUAGAAUUGCAGGACAUUAGCUUGUAGGGUAUUAGCUUGUAUGCUACUUCUUCUCACUCGAGUUGUGUUCUGGUUAAGAGGGGGUCCCUGAUGAAUUUGGUAUGACAAGAGUCCCAGGCCCCAAAAAGUGGAGAACCCCUGCUGUAAUGUACUUUUUCAGCCUUUUAAGAAAAGAAAAAAUGUUUUUUUUUUUAUACGUGUAAAGGUAUUACAGGGAUCAGCCUAUGUAUUUAAAAUGUGUAACUUGUAUCGGUUUUAGUGAGUGUGUGUGUGUCAGGUAAGGCUGGUUAAUUAUAUAAAUACAUCUGUAGAAUACGCUUUUUAAAGGAACGUACCAUUUCAGCUCUGCACCAAACUGAGCUGGUUUCAUACUGUGGCGUACUGAUCACUUUUGUACUUUUUCCAAACCCAAUGUUUCAAAAAUAUUAAAUCUGGUUAAACAUA